GGAAGCCCAAAGGAAAGUGCACUCAUUCCGGGAAGUGUUUGCCACCAAGAGGAGUACGCGUGGAUAUCUGUGUGGAAAUGUUACUUUAUCUCAUACUCAAUGGGAAAAAAAAUUUAUGAGUAAUAAUAGUACGCGUUAGAAUAGUGGACCUACAUACAAUUGAACAAUUAACGGCAUUUCGAAAUUUUGUAAUUUAAGCGUUUCAUAAAUCCGCUCAUUGGGUAAUGUACCAAACAGCAAGGUCAUAAGUAGCACUGAUCGGAUGUGGUAGGAUUGAAUUCUGUAACACGUGAAUCAGUAUUAAGGUAAAAAAAAAAAAAAAAAAGGCUGAAUUGCUGGUUUAAACAUGGCUGGACUCAUAAACUUUGAAGACGAGAAAGAAGUGAAGCAGUUUUUGGACAACAUAGGAGUUGAAUUUAGCUUCCAGUGCUACAAAGAGAAGGACCCUGAAGGAUGCCAAAGGCUUGCCGACUAUAUGGAAGUGGUGAAGAAAAACUAUGAAUCCACGGCACAAGUGCUCAAACAUAACUGUGACACGUACGGACACGGGGAAAGCUGCUAUAAACUGGGAGCUUAUUAUGUCACAGGCAAAGGUGGAAUAACUGCAUGUCUAAAAACAGCCUAUUCGUGCUUUCUGCGCUCCUGUAAUACUGGAGGAAAGAAGUCCAUAGAUGCUUGUCAUAAUGUCGGCCUUUUAGCCCACGAUGGACGAGCUGCGGAAGGAGGACCUGACCUUGGAGCAGCUCGUCAGUACUAUGAGAAAGCCUGUGCUGGUGGCUUUGCUCCUUCCUGUUUUAACCUCAGUGCUCUGUAUAUUGAGGGCAAUUCCAAAGGGCUGGCGCCUGAUAUGACUCUAGCUUUGAAGUAUGCCAACAAGGCUUGUGAACUGGGACAUGUGUGGGGCUGUGCCAAUGCAAGUCGCAUGUACAAACUUGGUGAUGGAACAGAGAAGGAUGAGAAGAAAGCAGAAGAACUGAAGAAUCGUGCAAAAGAGCUUCAUGGUUUGGAGAAGGAAAGGCAACUUAAAUUUGGGGAGUGAAAACAUACACACAAAUAUAUAUUUUUGGUUUGCUUAAAUGUGGUUGUGUGUACAUGAACAACUUUGUAUGCAGAAGCAAACACUGCUUAGAGGUGCAGAGGGUUCAUGUUUGAUAAGAUUAGUUAUAUUAAAGUUUGUCACAGUCUAAGAGAGCAGAUCCUGUCUAUUUUUAUGGGUAAAUUUAGUUAAAAUGAAAUAACUGCAUAAGACAUAUAAAAUAAAAAUAUCAGGAUUCUUGUG